AUGGCCCUGUGGAGAAAGGACUGCUGGAGCCGCUUUGUCCUGGCCCUGGGAGCACUCAUGGCCUGGCUGUUCCUUAGGAUCCUGCCGGUAGCAGUUGCUCUCUGGGGGGGCACCAGGUCGUGUAGUGGGUGUUCGGGAUUUAGCAUCGACCUGAACAGGGACACGGCCGCAGACUCUCUCCUUUCCUUUAGAGAGGGUAGAGCUGGACAGUUUGCUGUCAAAGGUGAAACCGAGGCCUUUAGCGACACUCGUGACUGGGACAAGGUCACCUCCAAGAUGUCGCGGGGUUAUGACAAGGCACAGGAGCUGAAGGCGCUGAGGAGAUUCCUUCUCUUUGUGACCCAGGUUUUGCUGCCCAUGCUGGCACAGGAGCGGAAGGCGCUGAGGAGAUUCCUUCUCUUUGUGACCCAGGUUUUGCUGCCCAUGCUGUUUGGCCUGGCAAUACAGAGGGACGGGAGGGUUCUUGUAGCUGAUCGUGGUAAACACAGCAUUUUCCUGUUUGAGGCAGAUGGGACACUGGUGAAACAGAUGGGAGGGCAGGGGAAGGGGGAGGGACAGUUUGACUUGCCCUGUUUUGUCUGUGUGGAUGAAGAAGACAACAUCAUUGUAGCAGAAAAAGACAACAGCCGUGUUCAAGUGUUUGACAAGAAUUUUAACUUCCAACACAAGUUUGGUCAGAAAGGUAGACAGCCACAGAACAUGUGGGACCCUACAGGGGUGUCAGCUGACAGCAAGGGGAACAUAGUUCUGGGAAACAUUGGAAUGGAAUCUAAUGUAGGUGGUGUACAAUACGGCAAGAAGCUUCAGGUGUUCCGCCCAGAUGGCACCUGGGUGUCCACCAUUAGCAGUGAGGGGGACAAACUGAGCAAACCCCAUGGGGUGGCUGUGACAGAGGAUGGACAUCUGUUUGUAGCUGAUCCAAAAGACCACUGUAUCAGGAAGUACAGAUACAUGUGAGGGACUUGCGUUUUUCUGAGUUGAAGACAAAAAUCAUCAAAUUGUAAGAUAAAUGGGCUACGUCACUAUGUAGACUAAUUUAAGAA